AUGUCAGACAAAGAAGAAGAUGAAGUUGGAUUACCAAAAGCUACCGUGUUCAAAUUGAUCGGAGAAUUAUUACCGAAAGAUAUGACAUGCACGAAAGAAGCUAGAGAUUUGAUUGUUGAAUGUUGUGUUGAAUGGAUACAUCUUCUCUCUUCCACAGCAAAUGAGAAAUGUGAAUUAUCAAAUAAAAAAACAAUAUCUCCUGAACAUGUUAUACAAGCUUUGAAAAUGUUAGGGUUUGAAGAGUUCAUAAUUGAUGUUGAAGAGAGUAAUGAAGAGUUUAAAAAGAGUGCAAAGGAACGUAUACGUAAACCUCCAGAUACACACGGAAUGUCACCAGAAGAAUUAUUAGCGUUACAACAAUCUCUCUUUCAGAAAAGUCAUGGACGUAUGGUCGAUGAGAGUGCUAUUCCCGUCGGUGGAGGGGAAGGGGAGGUAGAUGGAGAUGGUGAAGUGGAUGAAGAGAUGAAAGAAGAGAUUUGA